CUUCCUGAUUCAUUCAAGUCUCCCUGUUGUCAAGAAAAAGAAAAGUCUCUCUGCCUCGCACUGUUCAGGUUUCGACACAGUCCCAAAGAAAUAUUAAGAUGGUCGGCCGUCUGGAAGGAAAAGUGGCCAUAGUCACAGGUGGGGGUUCCGGCUUUGGAGCUGGUAUUGCGGCCAAGUUCAUCCAGGAGGGCGCAAAAGUGCUCAUCUGUGACCUGUCUGAGCAGAACGGCACCAAAGUCUCCCAAUCCCUGGGUUGCGAGUUCUUGGCUGCCGAUGUCACGAAACGUUCGGACUGGGAAGCGCUGCUGAAGAAAGCCGUUGAUGCCUAUGGGGGGUUGGACAUCGUCGUUAACAACGCCGGCACCACUUACAAAAACAAACCCACCGAGGAUGUCACGGACGACGACUUCGAUUUGGUCUUUAACGUCAACGUGAAAAGCAUUUACUUGUCGAGCAGUGUGCUGCUCCCUUAUUUCAUGGGGCAGAAUCGACCUGGCUGCUUUAUCAACAUUGCCUCGACGGCAGGGAUCAGGCCGCGGCCUGGGUUGACUUGGUAUAACGCUUCCAAAGCCGCUGUGAGCAACGCUACCAAAACCAUGGCGGUCGAAUAUGCGCCCAAGAAGAUUCGCUUCAAUGCAGUCUGUCCUGUGGUGGGCAGUACCGGGCUGACACAUCUUUUCAUUGGGAAGCCAGACACCGAAGAGAACAAGAAGGCCUUCGUAUCGACCAUUCCGCUCGGACGAGGUAGUACGCCAAAAGACGUGGCAAACGCUUGCUGCUAUCUUGCGAGCGACGAGGCCGAAUUUAUCACUGGCGUUAACUUGGAAGUCGACGGAGGGAGAUGUGUGUAAUGACUCCCAUGACUCCUUUGGGGUCACCGAUGGGAGGGAAAUAGUGCAGAGGAUCAGAACGCAGCGCUAGCCAAACUGCUGUAUCGAAGGAGGAUAGUAUGUGAAUGUGCAGGGCCAAACCGUCAGUAGAACCUGCUACAGUCGUAUGUUUACCCUUCAUUCCCCGUCGAACCUCAGUAGGGUCAUGGCCUCCUGCGCCUCGUCUUCAAAUGAAUCCGGA